AUGCCGCAGUCUAAGGAGGAGAGAAAGGCGGAACUCGAAGUCAGAAAGCGAGAGGGACGGCGAGCUGCCCAGCAGGAGGAAGCUCAGCGCCGGGCUGUACCACCUGCUCAGCCGGAAAUGAUAUUAACUACUCAGCGCGAGCACGAGGAGGUGUUAGCUCCUCAUCGCCUUGCCGUAACAUCUGCUCAACACAAAGAAAUGUCAACUACUCAUCGCGAGGUGAUGCAAGCUGCUCAGCGCGGAUCUUCUACCACCGUCGGCCCAGGAGAAAGCCAAGAGCCUCGAUCUACGAAUGCUUCACCCGCAGAUUUGGCUCAACGGAUCACCAACUAUCUAGUCUGCAAAGGCUACAAUCAAACAGAGGCAAUGCUUCGGAUGGAAUCUGCCCAGGAGGUUGACGGACGUUCUCGCGCUCAGUUGUGGGAGGCUUCUCGCCCCAGGACCUGCCAAGGAUUCGAUUUGCUCAAGAACUGGGUUGAGGGAAGCCUCGAUUGUUACAAGUCCGAACUUCGUCGCAUCCUCUGGCCGUUAUUCGUCUAUUCAUUCUUCAGUAUGAUCACGUCUUUCUAUCCUCAGUAUGCAAAAGCAUUCUUUGAUGCAAACAAAAAUAUGUUUCUUCCUGAGCACACCGACGAUAUCCGUCACUUUGAACCAAUCACUUUGCCGAUGCAACUGCAGGAGAACUCCAUCGCUAAUCUGUACCGCAUGAACAAAUACCGCCUCGUGUUAAGCAACCCGGCUUACACCAAUCUCCUCCAGUUCCUCGAGAGUAAGGAAAGAGAGGGUGGUUCCGUCAUGAAUGCGAUCCUUAACUGCCACUGCUCGGUGAAGACUAUGGAUCGAGCAGCGGAUAACAGAUUCAGUUUUGCUGCUAUGCUGGGCCAGAUCGGUGCCGAUCAGACCUUCCCCGCCGAAGACGAGGGAAUCCCGGGACAUCAUCCUGGCUCGGCUCGUACUGGCGACAACCCGGCCAUGGCUGGCAGCUUGCCCCGACUGAAGCUCGGGAAACUUCCUAUGGAAUUAGUUCUGAUGGAGGACGUGCGGGCUGAACUCGCUGAAGAAGACGCGAAGAAGCCUACGCCACCUGGUCAUAAUACCUUUGUUCAAGAAUUUGAUCAGAUGAUCAAGAACGAAGAUGAUGAUGAGGUUCAGGUUAUGAAGGUGAUGGAGCAUCGCGAUAGGUUCGAGAUCAAAGCUCGCACCGGCGGUGUUGGUCCUGGUGUCAGCGUUUGCAUGUUCACCUUCCACAAUACUUAUGAUAGCAUUAACUGCAUCGAUUUUUCGGAUGACAGCAAGCUUGUCGCCGCCGGAUUCGCGCAAUCAUACAUUCGAAUUUGGUCUCUGGAUGGCUCGCCCAUUCAAGCCGCUUACCCGGAUUUGGAUGAUCUGACGCCUACCAAUUCGCGCCGAUUGAUUGGCCACUCUGGCCCUGUGUAUGCUGUCGAAUUCCAGCUGUGCGCAACUGCUCGCGAGGACGUUCCGGUUGGGGACAGGCACCCUACCAAUGCACGCUGGCUGCUUUCAUCAUCGGCCGACAAAACAGUCCGCCUUUGGUCGCUGGAAUCAUGGCAGUGUAUGGUCGUCUACAGGGGCCACGACCGCCCUGUGUGGGAUGUCCGCUUCGGACCCUUUGGUCACUACUUUGUUUCUGGCGGGAGCGACAAAACUGCCCGCUUGUGGGUGAGCGAUCAUAUUCGGCAGCAGCGUAUUUUCGCUGGCCAUGAUCAGGAUGUGGAUGUUGUGUGUUUCCAUCCUAACUCUGCAUAUGUUUUCACUGCAAGUUCUGAUCGCACUGUCCGCAUGUGGGCUGUUACGACCGGUAAUGCUGUUCGUAUGUUCACCGGCCACACUGGCAACGUCACUGCGAUGGAAUGUAGCCGCAACGGCAAGAUUCUAGCCUCUGCUGAUGACCAGAGCUGCAUCAUCCUCUGGGAUCUGGCUCCUGGUCGACUACUCAAGCGCAUGCGCGGUCACGGCAAGGGCGGCAUCUGGUCUCUCAGCUGGAGCAUGGAGUCCACAGUACUGGUCUCUGGCGGAGCUGAUUGUACCGUGCGUGUCUGGGACGUCGCUGGCCCCCAGGAGGCCACACAGGGGCGUGUCAUUGCCGAAGGUGGCGCAAUUGACGGUGACCAAGCGCCAUCUGCUAGCAAGAACAAGAAGAAAAAGGGCAAGGAUGGCGUGGUCACUGCGGACCAGAUCAGUGCCUUCCCAACCAAAAAGUCCACUGUCUACAAGGUCAAAUUCACGAACAUGAACUUGGUGGUUGCUGGCAGUGCCUACUUGCCUUAG